AACUCAAACUCACUUCCCCCACCCUUCGUUCAAACCAGUGUUCUUCUUCUCUAUAUUUCGUUUUCAGUUUUUCGUUUUCAAACGAAAACGGAAAUGGAGGAGCGGAUUCGGGCCGAGGACUACGCGCACAGCCCUGCCCACUACGCCGUUGCACUAGCCGACAAAAAUCGGCUCUCCCGAUUCCUCGCCACUCUCCCUCGACUCGCCCCGCCAUCGGCGAUCCUCACCGAGUCCGACUCAACUCGCGAGUCCCACCUCGCCGACCUCGUCUCCACCGCCCUUGACCGCCGUGACGUCCCCCGCCGUGACACUCCUCUCCAUCUCGCCGUCCGUCUCAAUCUCCCCGCCGCCGUCUCCUCUCUCGCCGCUGCCGGCGCUGAUCCGUCGCUCCAGAACGCCGCUGGGUGGACUCCUCUUCAGGAAGCCAUCUCUCUUCGUCGUCGUCCUCUUGCCCUGAUUCUCCUCCGCCAACACCGUCUCUCCGCUCUAUCCAAGCUCCGGCGCCGCCUCCCUGCUCUUCUCUCCGCUCUCCGGCGUCUCCCAGACUUUUAUCUUGAGCUCUCCCUUCGCCUCGACUCCCCUCUCCUCCCAUUCCUCCCCCGCGACUCUCUCCGUCUCUGGAAACGCUCCGGUGAUCUACGCGCCGACUCUGCCCUCCCUUCCUUUACCUCUUCCCUACGCCCGCGCCGCCACCCUCUCUCCUUCCUCUUCCUCGCCUCCCCACCCACCCCUCACCCUCCAGGUUCUCUCCUCGUCCUCGACCGCUCCAAGAAGCAGAUCCGCAACGCUUUCGAAGGCGCGGACUCUCUCGACCCCUCUCCCGACGACGCCGAUCUCAUCGCCGACGCCAGCGCCUACCGUCCCGGCCUUGACGUCACUAAAGCCGAACUCAUCCCCCGCACCAACUGGCGCGGCCGCGAGAAGACCGAGACCGUCGGCGAGUGGAAAACCCGUGUCUACGAUGUCCACAACGUCGUCUUCAGCUUCAAAACCCUAAAACCAGUCGACGGAUCUGAUGAUCCGGAGAUCCUCCCUCUGGACCUCGAUGAAGAAGACGGUUUCCUCGUCGCCGAGAUCCCCGAUCUCCCAGCACGCCAUAGCUGCUCCGACCUAGGAUCACGCGGGAAGAAGAUGGAGAUUAGUGGGAGGCGAAGUGUGGAUAUCUCAAGGGAAAGAAUGAGAGUUGGAAGGGAGAUGGUGACAAUGGCGGCGGCGAGGGGGAAGGAGAAGGAGAUGGUGAAGAGCUUGCGGCCAUCAUUGUGGCUCACCGAGGAUUUCCCAUUGAAGACGGAGGAGUUCCUACCUCUGCUUGACAUCUUGUCGAGCAAAGUGAAGGCAGUGCGGCGGCUCCGGGAGCUUCUCACCGCUAAGCUCCCGCCAGGCACUUUUCCGGUGAAGGUUGCAAUUCCUAUCGUGCCGACCGUAAGACUAGUGCUAACAUUCAACAAAUUCACAUAUCUUCAACCAUCUGAAGAAUUCUUCACCCCGCUUUCGAGUCCCAGGCACCUUUCUCUUCCUGAAGACGAAGAACAUCAGAAAACAGAGACUGGACGUUACAAAAGUUCUUGGCUAAACUGGCACAGUAAUUCGACACCAAAGACCUCAACACCUUCGCCGAAGGUGAGCCAUUCAUCCCAAGUGGUCGAUAAUGUCGAUCCUUUCUCAAUUCCUAGUGAAUACACAUGGCUUAGUUCAGCUCCAAAGAGCCAAAGGAUGAUGAAAUCCCAAUCGAAAAAAGGUCUACGAAAUGAGGCAUUGUGAGUGAAGGCAAACUAUACGACGAAAAAGGUUUACCAAAUGCCUUUGAUUCUUAUACGUCGAAUUUGCAUAUUAACUUGUGCCAUUGUGUUUGAUGGCUUCCUUUCAUGUAAAAGUUUACCUUACGAAAGGCGAAAGGCGUGUCGACAAUCUCUCUUGUCGAAAUAUGAAAUGUACAUAAGUCAGCAUGAGCAAUUGUUUUUUAGCUUUUUGCAAGUUGGUUGUUGGAUUGUUUGGUAACUGACAAUGAAGUUCAUGAAGCAAUUACUUGUCUACAUAAAUUAAGUUUUGUUUAAUUGUUUGAUUGCUAUCUAAACAAAAUAAAAUAAAGUUCACAAGUGAUUCACCAUAUUUAUUUAUAUUACUCUGUCAAGCAUCAAUAUGACAAAUCAUUCAAA